UGGUUAUCCGGACGGGCUAUGUACAGAACUGUCAAGCCAAGGAAACUUCCAAAGCUUCAUGGUAGUGGGAGAAAAUCCAGGAUGCUCAGUCACCAUUUACGGCAAAGAUGCCGAUGGGAAUCUCCUUGUUCGGCAACCGUAUUAGAGAUUGGGACUCUAGCAACAUGCUAUAACGCUUCAUGGGUGCAUUAAAGCAUCGACGGCUGCUUGCCCCCUAGCAGCUUCUCUUCCUCCACCACGAUGUCAAUUCCCACACGCAGUGUCACUAACCCUUCAACAACAUCCGCAACAUCUUAUAUAUUACCCCUCCCGUCAUCAUCGUCACCACCAAAGAAGACAGUUUCAACUGGAGUGAUAGUCGGAGCUAUCGUCGGCGGAGUCGCGUUACUAGUCACCAUACUUGGAGUCACGACCUUUCGUCUCUUCCGUCAUCGUAAACCACGUCAACGAGAGAACUCACACGAGUUAUCAGACUCUGGUGUUCCCAAAAUGCCGUCAAAAGACCAGAAGCUCGAGAUGGUGCCGGCGGAAAGAGCGAUCAAAUGUACAGCUGAGUCUCGGACAUGCUUACUGCCAGGUUUACUACCCUAAUGGUCGGCUCGCCUAUGCAUCAGCUUGUCUCUAUUUCUGCAAACGAAUUCCGUGAAACAUUGAGCCCUGUCGCACUCGUAGAAAAGAGCGGAAAUUAGUAG